GAGGGUGAGAGUCCUUGUUUUUGGUCGUUCACUGUUCCCUCUUCUACAGGCAGAGAGCACAAUGAGUCAAUGAAAGCUGAAGGGAAGAGGAGUACUGUACAGCAGAGAGGAGAGAGAGAGAGAGGGAGCACAACCAAGAAGACGAGAGCACGAGAGAGAUAGAAAGAAGGAAAGCUUUUUGGACAGAGGUCUAAACCAGAUAAUAAAGAGAACGUCUGGUUUUAAAGCCAGGCUGGGAUGAAGUAACAGUGACCGGUCAUCUGAGGAUUGACUACUUCACCUCUUUCUUUCUACAAGGUGGUUUUCUGAUCUUCCCUUUUCCAUUAGGAACAUUUGGACCAUAUUCAACUCUCCACUCGGUCUCUGGUCAGGGGAUCUUACUAGCCGCAGUAACCCAGGUCUCUGGUCAGGGGAUCUUACUAGCCGCAGUAACCCAGGUCUCUGGUCAGGGGAUCUUACUAGCCGCAGUAACCCAGGUCUCUGGUCAGGGGAUCUUACUAGCCGCAGUAACCCAGGUCUCUGGUCAGGGGAUCUUGCUAGCCGCAGUAACCCAGGUCUCUGGAGCCCUGAGUGGGGUUGAGGUAGAGGAGCCUUGUCUCUGGUUGCUGGUGCUUUGGGGCUGGAGGAGAGGAUGGACAUGCCAAGGAGAUCCAUGGCUGGAGCCGGGUCAGGGGGCUGUGGAGCCAGGCUAGACCACGUUGGGGUGGCCCGGGCUGGGCUGUGGCUGCUGCUGUGGGGGUGCCUGCUGGGGGCUGGCGGGGUGGAGGCAUGCCCUUCUCUGUGUACCUGUGUGGGAGCCACGGUGGACUGCCACGGCCUGGGGGUCCGGAACAUCCCCAAGAAUAUCCCCAGGAGCACAGAGAGACUUGAUCUAAAUGGGAACAACCUGACGACCAUCAGCAAGACAGACUUCUCUGGCCUCAAACACCUCAGAGUUCUUCACCUGAUGGAGAACCAGAUAAAUAACAUUGAGAGAGGAGCAUUUGAUGAUCUGAAGGAAAUGGAGAGACUUCGUCUGAACAGGAACCGUCUCACUCAGCUCCCUGAACUCCUGUUCCAGAAGAAUGAGGCUCUGGCUCGACUGGACCUUAGUGAGAAUGCUAUCCAAGCCAUUCCCAGGAGAGCUUUCAGAGGGGCCACGGACAUCAGGAACCUUCAACUGGAUAAGAACCACAUCACUUGCAUCGAGGAGGGGGCCUUCCGUGCUCUGAGAACUCUGGAGGUUCUCACAUUGAACAACAACAACAUAAGCAGCAUUCCAGUCUCCAGCUUCAACCACAUGCCCAAACUACGCACCUUUCGUCUCCACUCUAACAGUCUGAGGUGUGACUGUCACCUGUCCUGGCUGUCUCCCUGGCUGAGACAGAGGCCCACCCUGGGUCUGUACACACAGUGCAGCUCCCCUCCAACCCUCAGGGGACUCAACCUGGCUGAACUGCAGAAGAACGAGUUCACCUGCUCAGGUCAGAGUGACAGUGCGUUUGUCCAGCCGUGCAGCCUGGCGUCUGGCUCCUGUCCUCCCAUGUGUUCCUGUAGUAACAACAUCGUAGACUGUAGAGGCAAGGGCCUCACUGCCAUACCUGCUCACCUGCCUGAAGCCAUGACUGAGAUUCGUCUGGAGCAGAAUGGCAUCAAGUCAGUUCCUCCUGGGGCCUUCACCUCCUACAAGAAGCUGCGCAGAAUAGAUCUGAGUAACAAUCAGAUAUCAGAGAUCGCUCCCGAUGUUUUCCAAGGCCUGAGAGCCCUCAACUCACUGGUCCUGUAUGGUAAUAAGAUCACAGAUCUCCCCAGAGGACUGUUUGAGGGUCUCGGCUCUCUAGAACUGCUUCUCCUGAAUGCCAAUAAGAUCCACUGUAUUCGAGCCACAGCCUUCCAGGACCUAGAGAAUCUAGCUCUGCUGUCUCUCUACGACAACAAGAUCCAGACCCUGGCUAAAGGAACCUUCUCACCCCUUCACAGUAUACAGACACUUCACCUGGCCCAGAACCCGUUUGUCUGUGACUGUAACCUGAAAUGGCUGGCAGACUACCUGAGGUCCAACCCCAUAGAGACCAGCGGUGCCCGCUGUGCCAGCCCACGCAGACUGGCCAACAAACGCAUCGGGCAGAUCAAGAGCAAGAAGUUCCGCUGCUCUGCUAAGGAGCAGUACCACAUCCCAGGUACAGAAGACACCCGUCUGAAUAAUGAGUGUAACAGUAAGCCAGUGUGUCCUGCUAAGUGUCGCUGUGAAGCCAACGUAGUGGACUGCUCUAACCUCCGUCUCACCAAGUUCCCCCAACACCUACCUGCCUCUACCACCGAGCUGCGUCUCAACAACAAUGACAUCUCAGUGCUGGAAGCCACCGGCGUCUUCAAGACCCUCUCUCAGCUCAAGAAAAUUAACCUUAGCAACAACAAGAUCUCAGAGAUCGAGGACGGAGUGUUUGAGGGGGCGGGGUCUGUCAUGGAGCUCCACCUGACAGCCAAUCACCUGGACUCUGUCAGAGGGACCAUGUUCAGGGGCAUGGGCGGCGUCCGCAUGCUGAUGUUGAGGAACAACCGUAUCAGCUGUAUCCAUAACGGCAGCUUCACUGGUCUGACCAACGUCCGCCUGUUGUCUCUCUAUGACAACCAGCUCCACACCAUAAUGCCUGGGGCCUUCGACACACUGCCCAACCUCUCUACACUGAACCUGUUGGCCAACCCGUUUAACUGUGACUGUCGUCUGGCGUGGUUGGGGGCGUGGCUUCGUUCUAGACGAAUCGUAACGGGGAACCCUCGCUGCCAGAGCCCCUCCUUCCUCAGAGAGAUCCCACUACAGGACGUAGCAGCACCAGACUUCCGCUGCGACGACGGUGCAGUAUUGGAGGAGAGUAGCUGUGUAGCUCGUCCUCAGUGUCCCACUGAGUGUACCUGUACAGAGACAGUGGUCCGCUGUAGUAACAAACACCUCCAGGCCCUGCCCAAGGGGUUGCCCCGCAACGUCACUGAACUGUAUCUGGAUGGGAACCAGUUCAGCAUGGUGCCCAGGGAACUGUCCACCUUCAAACACCUGCAGCUGGUAGAUCUGAGUAACAACAGAAUCAGCUCCCUGUCUGACUCCUCCUUCUCCAAUAUGAGCCAGCUCACCACCCUCAUCCUGAGUUACAACUCUCUACGCUGCAUCCCUCCUCUGGCCCUGGCUGGACUACGCUCUCUCAGACUACUAUCUCUUCAUGGUAACGACAUCUCUGAACUACUGGAGGGGAUCUUCAGUGAUGUGGCCUCCCUGUCUCACCUGGCAAUCGGUGCCAACCCCCUGUACUGUGACUGUCAUCUGCGCUGGCUGUCUGGCUGGGUGAAGAGUGGGUACAAGGAGCCUGGCAUCGCCCGCUGUGCCGGACCAAUGGGCAUGGAGGGAAAACUGCUGCUCACCACACCUGAGACCAAGUUUGAAUGUCUGGCUAGUAGGGACCCCAGAAAGAUGGUGUCAGCUAGUAGGGACCCCAGAAAGAUGGCGUCAGCUAGUAGGGACCCCAGAAAGAUGGUGUCAGCUAGUAGGGACCCCAGAAAGAUGGCGUCAGCUAGUAGGGACCCCAGAAAGAUGGUGUCAGCUAGUAGGGACCCCAGAAAGAUGGCGUCAGCUAGUAGGGACCCCAGAAAGAUGGCGUCAGCUAGUAGGGACCCCAGAAAGAUGGCGUCAGCUAGUAGGGACCCCAGAAAGAUGGUGUCAGCUAGUAGGGACCCCAGAAAGAUGGUGUCAGCUAGUAGGGACCCCAGAAAGAUGGCAUCAGCUAGUAGGGACCCCAGAAAGAUGGUGUCAGCUAGUAGGGACCCCAGAAAGAUGGCAUCAGCUAGUAGGGACCCCAGAAAGAUGGCAUCAGCUAGUAGGGACCCCAGAAAGAUGGAGCCAGCUAGUAGGGACCCCAGAAAGAUGGAGUCAGCUAGUAGGGACCCCAGAAAGAUGGAGUCAGCUAGUAGGGACCCCAGAAAGAUGGAACCAGCUAGUAGGGACCCCAGAAAGAUGGAACCAGCUAGUAGGGACCCCAGAAAGAUGGAGUCAGCUAGUAGGGACCCCAGAAAGAUGGAACCAGCUAGUAGGGACCCCAGAAAGAUGGAACCAGCUAGUAGGGACCCCAGAAAGAUGGAACCAGCUAGUAGGGACCCCAGAAAGAUGGAACCAGCUAGUAGGGACCCCAGUCAAGAUGCUAGUAGGGACCCCAUUAUUCUAGGUAAAUACUGUGAGACUCCAGUGGAUGUGUGUGCCAGUAACCCAUGCACAAAUGGAGGAACCUGCAUCAGUGACGAACAGACAAGGAGAUUCAGUUGUUCAUGCCUGGUGGGUUUCCAUGGAUCGUUCUGUGAGGUGGAUGUAGAUGACUGUGAGGACCACGGAUGUGAGAAUGGUGCAACCUGUGUGGACGGAGUAGGCAACUACACCUGCUUCUGUCCUCCCUUCUACAUUGGGCUGUUGUGUGAGGAAGAGGAGGAUGUGUGCUCUCCUGGUAGAAACCCCUGUCAGCAACACUCUACCUGCAGCAGCACCACUACAGGCCCCAGAUGUGUAUGUUCCCCAGGCUUCGUGGGGGGUGACUGCAGUGUGAACUAUGAUGAGUGUGAGGAUCAGGACUGUCAGAAUGGAGCGGUGUGUGUGGACCAGGUGGAUGGAUACACCUGCACCUGCCCUCAGGGGUACAGUGGUGAGUUGUGUGAGGUGCCCCCUCCUCCUCCAUCUCCCUGUGAGCGGGCUCGCUGUCAGAACAGCGCCCCCUGUGAGGACAGAGGCGGUACUGCGCUGUGCCAGUGUCUGCCGGGGUUCGAGGGCGUGCAUUGUGAGAAGCUGGUCAGUGUGAACUUCGUGAAUAGAGAUUCUUACCUACAGCUGUCUGACCUGAAGAACUGGCCUCAGGCCAACAUCACACUGCAGGUGUCGACAGCGGAGGAUAACGGCAUCCUGCUGUAUAAUGGAGACAACAAGCCAAUGGCUGUGGAGCUCCAUGAGGGACAUGUUCGAGUCAGCUACGACCCUGGUAGUCAGCCUGGACACACUAUCUACAGUGCUGAGACGGUGAACGACGGGCGUUUCCAUACGGUGGAGCUGGUGACCUUUGACAGGAUGGUGAACCUGUCUGUGGACGGGGGUGCGCCCACCACUCUGGACAGUCUGGGAGGGGUCCCACCUCUGUCUGGAGAGGCACCGCUAUACGUGGGGGGUAUGCCAGAGAAGAUGUCCUACUCCUCUCUGAGUCUCUUCCAGCCCCUCAACUCCUCCAGUUUCCACGGCUGCAUCAGGAAUCUGUACAUCAACCACGAGCUGCAGGACUUCACCCAGACCACUAUGAAGCCGGGGGUGGUGCCAGGAUGCCAGCCCUGCAGGAAACUGUUCUGCCUCCAUGGAGUGUGCCAACCGGAUGGUGCUCAGGGGCCCCUCUGCCACUGCCAGCCUGACUGGGGUGGGCUACACUGCGAUCAGCCAAUCGGAGGAGGCCUUGUUGGGGGAGAUGUUGCCCCGGCAACCGCGGCUAACCCAUGCCAGGGGAAUAAGUGUGUGAGGGGUGUGUGUGUGGUUCAGGAUGUUCAGUCGUACAGGUGUGAGUGUGAGGAGGGCUGGCACGCCACCCUGUGUAAUCAACAGGGGGAGCUAACAGCACCAGCAGUACCAGCAGUGCCAGAAGGACCAGCCAAGCCGUGUUCAGUGCUGCUCUGCCAACAUGGCCACUGUCAGCUGACUGAGGGAGGAGCGACCUACUGUCUCUGUGACACGGGAUACACCGGGGACACAUGCGACACAGUUGAAUCAGCGUGUCGCGGCGAGGCGGUGCGUGACUUCCACCGGGUGCCACGUGGCCACGCCGACUGCCAGACGACGCGGCCCUUCUCCUGGGUGGAGUGUCGGGGGGGCUGCCAGGGGGGCGGGGUGGCGUGCUGCGCCCCACUGAGGGUACGGCGCCGGCGCUACACCUUCGAGUGUGACGACGGAAGUUCCUUCACACAGGAUGUGGAGAAAGCAGUGGAGUGCGGCUGCAAGGAGUGUGUGUAGAGACGUUGAGGUACUACACACACGUGGGCAGCGCAGUCAGCCGAAGAGGAGUUACUGAACACACUGUGGGAAAGUAUAUAUAUAUAUAAAACAUGGACAUUGUCUGUGUGUUGUGGACAACAGUGUUUGUAAUAUAGGACAGUUCUUCCCUGGCAAGGACGGCCAACCAACACGAAACCAACCAACCUCAUCUUCAUCAUCUUCAUCUACCUAAAGAAAGUCAACUGUGGUCUCACAUUAGUAAUGUUAUAUUGAAAGGUCAUUCUUUGGAGUUAUACUGUGUUGUACACCACUUUAUCCAUGUGCUCAAAUCAUUGUAAAAUGGAGGAACCUGUGUGAUGCAUGGCAGCCAUGUUGGCAGCAGGAAAACGUUGAGACACUUCUCUAGUUGCUUCCUGUUAAAUGAGAAACUGCUGCUCUUUUUUGCUAGUUUACCAUUUAAUCUGUGUAUCUUUUCACUGGGCUGCAAUGCCAGUUUGCCCUCUAGUGGCCAGUUUUAUGAUGAGGAUGUUUGAAGGUUCAGAUGGGGGAAGGGGGUGCAUUUGAGAGAGCAGCUGAGGUCCUUUGGCCUACUUCAAAGAGGUGGGGGCCUUUUGGCCUACUUUAAAGAGCCUUUUGGAGGCUAUGAGCCAGUUUGAUUUUAGCCAGAAUCUUCUUUAAUUAACAUUCGUCAUGGUAAUUGGUUAUAAUUGUAUCAUUGAGUAAAACCCGCCUCCUAUCUCUCUCUGGUCCAGUCAGUCUCCUUCUACCACGUCAGCAGUAUUAUGACAUUCAACACAAAUGCAGCUUUGAUAAUAUUUUAUUUAUAUUGUUGUAAAACUAAAACAGAAAAGGUACAUAACAUUUGUUUAACAUUUACAUUUUUUGCUUAAUUGUUUUUAUUACUUAGUGUCAUGUAGCCUAAUGUAGCCCUUUGAUUAUGAUACAAAACAGAAAAUACUUAACAGAUUGUAAUAUAUAUCAUUUCAUUUGGACACAGUAUUUUUAUAUGUUGAAAUGGAAAAAGGGGUGUUUGCAUCCUGGCAUGGGAGAGACUUACACAGGUGUUGUAUUGGGUCUGUAGACUGAAGCAACAUCUUGCUGUUCUUCUCUACUGCCUGAUCUAAAGCUGCCAAAAACAGUCAGCCAACCUAUUGUCAGUCUAAUACACAGUGUCGUCACGGAGACGUUAAAUGACUGUGAUGUCAUUGUUCAUAUUACAUGUUGUCUACCUACUUGGUGAAUAUAAUAUCAUCAACUAUUUGCUUCAGAUGAUGUGUAGUGAUGUUUUAUUUAUUUCAAUAAAAGACAUGAUUUUCUCUCUUC